GGGAGCAAGCGGGCGGGAGGGAGGUGCGAGCAGGACGUGUUCCACCGAGGGCUCUGUGAGUCAUGUGACCUCCGCCAAGGUGGGCUCCGCCUCCGCGCAGAAAUGUCUUUCCUCCAGGAUCCAAGUUUCUUCGCCUUGGGGAUGUGGUCAAUUGGUGCAGGGGCCCUGGGGGCUGCUGCCGUGGCACUACUCCUGGCCAACACAGACAUAUUUCUGUCCAAGCCCCAGCAAGCAACCCUGGAGUAUCUGGAGGAAAUAGAUCUGAAAACACUGGAGAAGGAACCAAGGACUUUCAAAGCAAAGGAGCUCUGGGCAAAGAAUGGAGCUGUGAUUAUGGCUGUGCGCAGGCCAGGCUGCUUUCUCUGUCGAGAGGAAGCUGCAGAUCUGUCCUCCCUGAAGCCCAAGUUAGAUGAGCUGGGUGUCCCCCUCUAUGCAGUGGUGAAGGAGCAGAUCAGGACUGAAGUGAAGGACUUCCAGCCUUAUUUUAAAGGAGAGAUCUUCCUGGAUGAAAAGAAAAAGUUCUACGGCCCCCAAAGGCGGAAGAUGAUGUUCAUGGGGUUUGUCAGGCUGGGUGUCUGGACCAACUUCUUCCGGGCCCGGAAUGGAGGCUUCUCUGGAAACCUGGAAGGCGAAGGCUUCAUCCUCGGGGGAGUUUUUGUGGUGGGAUCAGGAAAGCAGGGUAUUCUUCUUGAGCACCGAGAAAAAGAAUUUGGAGAUAAAGUAAACCCAGUUUCUGUUCUGGAAGCUGCUAAGAAGAUCAAACCACAGACUUCAGCCUCAGAGAAAAAAUGAUUGGGUGCCACUCCAGCUCAGGGUCACCUAGGGGCACUCACCUGGGUUCACGGGGUACUGGGUUUCCACUGGUGUCUCUGAAGGUUUGAAACCCACAUACACAAUCUUCUCAGUAUAUAGACCAUUAAUUAUUUUAACAUUGUACUCUGUUUAGGCUCAAUAAGACAAAAUAACUUCCAAAUCAGACUGAAAAAAGGUGAAGAAAGGAAUGACGGAUAUUUCAGCUAAAACCUGGAAAAUAGGCGGCUUCAAGCUGACUGGUGCACCUCAUUACGAACGCCUGUGGAGUUUGAGGUGCUGUUAAUUGAAAUGAGUUUUAUUUUCAUGUCUUUAAAAAACUAAGAAAAAUUGAUGAUUGACUAGAAGAUUAAGGAUAUAAGGUUUUGGCUUGUGUGUUUUGUUAAUGACUUGUUAUUAUAAUGUUAACGUAAUACUCACGUAAAGGAAUUGAUGUGUUCUGGAUGGCUUGAUAAAGGUAGAUUAUAAAAUGAAAUCUGAUUUUUUGUCUUCCAUUAUAACCUCAGAGGUUUGUUUUUCUGUAAGAAAUUAUCAUCUCUGGCUCUAAUAAAAUUAUGUAGCAGAAAUUGCCUAUAAGUUUUUCUGAUAAA